CGAAAAUGAGCGGCAGAGGCAAAACCGGUGGUAAAACCAGAGCGAAGGCUAAGACUCGUUCAUCCAGAGCCGGACUUCAGUUUCCCGUCGGCCGUGUUCACAGACUUCUUCGCAAGGGUAAUUACGGAGAGCGCGUCGGUGCUGGAGCUCCAGUUUAUCUCGCCGCUGUGCUCGAGUAUCUUACUGCUGAGAUCCUGGAGUUGGCCGGAAACGCCGCUCGUGACAACAAGAAGACUCGCAUCAUUCCCCGCCAUUUACAGCUGGCAGUGCGUAACGACGAGGAGUUGAACAAACUCUUGGGUCGCGUGACCAUCGCUCAGGGCGGUGUGUUGCCCAACAUCCAGGCUGUGUUGUUGCCAAAGAAGACCGAGAAGCCCGCUAAAGCAAAGUAAACCAGUUUGACCAAGAAUGAAACAAAGGCUCUUUUAAGAGCCACCCACUUGAACUAUAAAAGAGUGAAAUCUUGGUCUCUAUGUUUGAAGUAUAGGUUUAGAAACGCAUUUGUGCGUUUAAUGUUACCCUUUUUUUAGCUAUUGUAACCUUUUAUCUUAUGCUAUAGAGAAAUCUCAGAAAAUCACUUCUUUAGAGUCUUGAAUAUCAAUCAAGAUUUGAUUUCAUUAAAUAAUUUUAGGUUGUGACAUGACCUUAAUAAAAUCAAUAUUCAAAAUACAAGUGUUAUAGUUCAAGUGUUAAAUUUUGUUGGAAAACUAAAUUCGUUCUCAGAAUGACUGUUUGAAUUGGCUUUUAAGCCAAUA